AUGGAUGCUAAUCGUGAGGAUGCCUAUGUUUGCUUCAAGGUUGCGAAAACCGCGAUGCUCCGGCAAGAUUAUACCAAGGCCCUUAAAUUUCUUAAGAAGGCGAAUUCUAUGUAUCCUACACCGGAAUUCAAACAUCUAUUGGAUGAAUGCCUGAAUAAGUUAUCCCAUUCAGAGCAAUCACGCGAAUACAGAGAUCAUUCCCAUGAUUCAUCCAAUAGAAGUACAAGUGGAAAUGUAAACACAGCAGAUAGAAGUCCACAAAAUAAUCCCGAUACAACGCCUUCUGAACAUGAUAAACUCUGUCGCCGAGUUCUCAGCGCAAAAACGUAUUAUGAAGUAUUAUUAGUUGCUCGCGAAGACUCUGUAGAUACUAUAAAGCGUUCAUAUAAGAAGUUGGCAUUAAAAUUACAUCCUGAUAAAAACCCAUCGCAUUUGGCGUCUGAAGCAUUUAAAAAGGUCUCUACCGCAUUUCAGUGUUUAACAAACCCAAAAUCCCGUGAACAUUACGAUAUGUAUGGCGAAGAUGGUCCAGAAACUCAAACGGCUCAUCGAGAACAAUUUGUCACACCUGAACAAUUGUUCGAGGCAUUUUUUGGAUUGAAUGUUAAUCAUAAUCGUAUGCACCGUAACUUCGUUUACACACGUCGUGCGAAUGACAAUAGGUUAGUAGGACAAACAAGUCCACUUAGUCAACUCAUCCCCCUUUUUUUACUUUUUCUCUUCAUAAUUCUUCCAAGCCUAUUAACUUCCAGAACGGCCGAAUUUCAGUUUGAGAAAUCUUCAAAGUUCAGUCAAAAGGAGACUACGGUCAUAAAUGGCGUAGUAUAUUAUGUAGAUCCGACAAAAUUUCCGCAAAAAUACCCUCCAAAAUCACAACAACGACUCAGGAUGGAAUAUGAAGUGGAUUAUGCUUUUUUUGAUUAUAAGUGUUCUGCCGAUAGAAAAGAAAGCCAACGGAAGAUAUACUCAUACUUAUCAUCAUUCAAAAACCCACCAUCCGAGCUGUAUGAUACUCCAAAGAGUUGUGUAACACUUGGAAGAUUGAGAAGAGAUUACUCUGAUUUCAUGAAUGGUGGAUUUUGA